AUGGCAUUUUUAUGUCCGUUCACUACAAAAUGGAAUGUUAGCGUUAUUAGUGCUCUCCGUGAAGAUCUUGUUGUUCACAUAAAAUCAGGAGAUGAUGAUCUUGGGAACCAUACCAUUCCUUAUGUAGGAAAUUACUCCUGGUCUUUUUGUGAAAAGGUUGGUGGUCACACUCUCUUUUAUGCUUACUUCUGGUGGGGUUCAAAGUUUCAGAGCUUAGAUUUGUUUAACGAAGCCAUUUCAAAAAAAUGCUAUUUGAAUGUGGGUACCGAACAUUGUUACUGGUUUGUAACACCUAAAGGGUUUUAUGUAGAUGCACACCCAAGUGGAGGUGGGGAAUUCAUUAAAGGUUGGGCUUAA